UGUGUCAGUACGCAGCUUGUUUUUUCCUUUUCAUCGCUGCUGCUGAACGUUCACAUCACUCAAACGGCCCAUUUUUAGACCCAGAAGUGAAGUUAUGGCAGUUUUGGCGUAUGAUGAUCUGUUAUUUUGUUUAAGAUUUCAGAUGUGAUUUAGUUCAUUUGUACCAUUGAAAAGCCACAGUUUCCGUUUAGAGCAGUUAGAAAAAGUUUCUUAUGUGCACUCAUUUGCUUGAGUGAAGUUCAGCAGAUGGUGUUGAGAAGCUACGUGAUGAACUUUGUAUGUGGUUUAUUGUUUGGUUUGUAGCUGCUGUUGCUGUCUUUGGUCUCUAUCAUACACUUUUAGCCGACAGAGGAAAUGAAACAAAGUCAAAACUCUUACAAUUGACUCUAUGUCGAAGAUACUGCCUCAUGCAGACAGCUUCACACCAGAAUAAUUCAAUUUUGUGAGUAAAAGAAAAUCUAAUUCGGUAAGUUUGAUUUUUAUUUCAUCACUGUUGUCAACAGUACAAAGUCAAUCUAUUUUCAGACUUGACCUGUGUGUAAUUCAAUCUUAUUGUUUCUGUUUGUUGAGUUGGUCUUAGCUCAUAUGUGACAGGCCGAUGUCACGCGGCAGCGGCCCUAAUCUUGUUCUCGAGGAACUAAAAUGUGGAUGCUUGUAUUACCUGUUCAACAGUGAUAUGUUUUAAAAGCAAACAGCAGGCUUCAACUUUUAUCAACACUACAGUUAUCACCAAAAUUUAGUUACAUGAAAGAAUAAAUUCACAUUAAUCCAAGUCAUUGAAAAACUCACCAUCAUACAUGUUCAACAGAACAGUUGUGAAGCUUGGCUGUAGAAGUGAGGUUUUAAUUUAAGAGACAGGCGUUGGCUCAGAGAUUUACUCAUCUUUUUGACAGAUAUUAAAAUUUAUACUAAUAUUUCUGAUAAAAUGAUGAAUAAAUUGCAUUACAUGCUCAUGUGAUGACAGUCUACACUGUGCUUCAACAUGGUGAUGGCUGUAAGGAUGUAUUUUGAAAAGGCAUAGACAGCAAAUAGCCUUUUAUAAUGCAUGUAGAGCACAGUUUAUUCAAAAACAAAACCCCUUUAGCACUACUAAUUUAAUUUUGCACCUCAAGAAACAUCAUCAUGAAAGUAAGUUUGAAUAAGUGAAAGCGCAAGUGAAAAACUGGAGCAAAUAAAUUCCAGUCCUGUGUAAAGUUUUAGCAAUGACCAGACAAAGUGUGUACAUUGGUGUUAGCCAAGAUGAGUUUGAAAUAUUGUAUAUUGUAUAACCAAUAUUGUAAAUUUACAAUAAAUGAUACAACAAUGGACUGAUAUAUAACUAGUCGUCUGUAGUACAACAGAAAAAUGUUGCUGAACUCUUUAUUGAGAGACACGCAUCAACUUCUCACCUUAGAGGGACUUCUACACACUUCUUUAUGGAUAUGAAAACAUAACUUGUGAUAAUUUUUUACUUCUCAAAUAGAUUUACAUUGCUUCUGUCUGUUGGUGUCUUUUGUACAUGUUAGAAAUAAACAAUUUUGAAUGUCUGUUCAAAGGUUGUACAGCCAAACUCAAAGUAGUUAGACAAUCCCGCCAAAAUGCAUCCUUAAAGCUCCUGUGAGGGGUUUGUGUGAUUUUGUGUGAUGCGGUAUUCACGCCUCUUUGGUAAUCAUAAAUGCAAACACAACCAUCAGCAUAAAGGAGUGAGUGUCUCUACUCAGUAUUUUAUGAGUUAAAUCACUGCUGUAAGGUGUAAGGUAGGAGUCAGACUGACGAAAAAACCACACACUGCAGAAACACGUUUCAUUUUCAAAAGCAAAGCGAAGUAUUUUAAUGAAGCGCAACACCACUUACACACAUUCUGGAAAAUUGUAAAAGGAGAAAAGAUGUGCAACUUUGACCGCAAGGGGCUCAAACCUUAAAUUCCCCUCAGGAGCUUUGACUCAUGUUAGAUGCUGAGACUGUCUUUUUUUCAAGAUAACUAAUUCUUCUUAUCAGUGGUGGAGGCCUAGUAACACACUCAAAACAGAGAAGUGUGUUAAAAACAAAGAAGAAAGGCAUCCAGUAGAGAUAUGAAUUUAUGGAUUUCUGUUUUAAAAUGGAGAUGAAGACAGUUCUUUAAUAUUUCGUUUGACUCCUCUGCUUAGCUGUGAUUUACAUCUCAUUUACUCUCUUUAUUGAAGAAACAUACCAGCACUGUUUAUUUUUCAUGCUUUCACUUCUUACAGAUGACUGCAGCAAGUCCACAAACAUCCCCCAACGUCACAGACAUCUCCAACGCCACCAACGACAUCUGCCGAAGGGAAAUUUUACUUGGCGUUGCUUACUGUCCCGUGUUUUUGUUUGGUCUUCUUGUCAAUGCUGCAGCUCUGUGGGCCUCAAUUGCAAAGCGGGCCUCCUGGACGGACACCCACAUCUACAUAUUGAACCUCAUUGCAACUGACUCUGCCCUCUUAGUCUUCCUUCCCUUCAGGAUCUAUGAUGCCUUCUCCCCCCUGACAAAGAGCGUCUUAUGUACCUACCUUAUCAACAUACAUUACAGCAAUAUGUACGCGAGUAUUUACACUUUUACAGCCAUCAGUGUGCAUCGGUACCUGGCUGUAAGGUUCCCCAUGCGGGCCAAAUCAUGGAGGAGGAAGAAAGUGGCUGCCUUUGUUGUUUGUUUGGCCAUCUGGGUGACUGUAGUGUCAUUGUGUCUUAUAUUCCAAGAGAACAGCCCUGACAAACUCCAAUGUUGUUUUGAACGAUGCAAAGACCAGCGCCUCACGUUCAAGUUUGCCGUCAUGCUGGUCUGUGGAGGCUUCCUUGCUCCGCUCUUGAUAAUUGUUUUCUGUACCAGUCAGAUCAUCUUUAUUCUGUUAAAGGACACCGCCAAGUCAGAGGAAAGGAAAAACACAAUCAGCAUUGUAACAGCAAACAUGGUUGUGUUCAUAAUCUGUUUCACACCCAUCCACACCAGGUUUGCUUUUCAUCUAUUUAGUGAAAAAUCUGGAACCUGGCUAUCAGAAGAAUUGUAUUUAUCCCUGUCUGAAUGGAUCGCUUCUACAAACUGCUGCUUUGAUUCUGUGAGCUACUAUUUCUUACUGAAAAGGUUUUAUACGUAAAUUAAGAAAAUAAGAAAAUGAUCUGUCAUUUAGGGAAACAAUUCUGUGUGUAUGUUCUUGGCAACAUAAAAGGCUUUUAUGUUAAUAAAGUGGACUGUAAAGGUACCUGAAUACUUUCAACAUGCUGAAUCUCUGAUAGUCAGCUGGAGGAAAUUACAAAAGUACAAAGAUUUCCUGAUUUGAUAGAAACAGAAUCAAACAUUAUUGUAGCUCUAAGUGAAAAUAAACUCAGUAAACGUUAUUCACUUUUUGGUGUCAGUUUGAGUCUGUUGUACAGCAGGGUGUUACUUUCUCUAGUUAUUGUCCUAGUUAGUGU